AUGCAUGGACAAGUUGGGGAAAACUUCAUUCUUUAUGAAGAAGAAGAAAUGAGGGUUAUGAACUUGCCUAUUUGCUCACCUGAGAUGAAUCUGAUCGAGCCUGCUGAAGAAACGAGAACGGCACCGACUCCACAGUGGACGAAGGAAAGACAGCUAAAAGAAACCGCAACGGUUGACCAAGGAGCGAGGGACUACCCACAAAUCUAUUUCCACGGACGUGAAUCCCAAUCGAUUGGAAACAUGGACCGUUACAACGGCCGAUUUAGUCCGGAUAACUCUUUUAAUUUCUCACCUCUUCGCUCGCUGCAUUGUCUGGAGCGGAUCCUUUUAUCCAAGCUAUCUAGUCGAACAAGUUUCAUCAGAAGAAUAUACCAAGAAAUAGCUCAUUCACAAUACUUUCUAGUUACCUAUAUGGGUGAAUUUCCUGCAGACAGCGUUUCCUUUGAGGUAAGGUGUGAAAGACCUGUCCCUCUCACAGUCGCUGACGAGGAACCUCCUGGAAGUUACGUUGAACGGAUCCCAGCAAGAUCUGUCCACAUCGCUAGAGCACACUUUCCACGCCAUAAAGGAAGAGCAACAACUCCAGAGAAAUUAGGUAAAUCCUGGGCUAGCACGAUCGUCGCCGUGGGCGGGAGGAAGUCUUCUAAACUAGAUUUUAAACUUCAUGCCCCAACAGCCGAAGAAGAAGCACCGUCGCAGACCGAACCGCCAAGUCAUGGACUCGCCUCACGUCCGGACCACCCUGAGGACAGUCAUGCCGAAUUAGAGGAUAUGGAGGCAGGUGCCAUCCUCGGAACUAGUACUCCCAACGCUUAA